AUGAAAUCACACAUGCAUUACUUUGACACAUCCAAUUAUGAUGCUGACAACCCACAUAACAUGCCUCGAACAGCGUCAGAGUUGGGUAAGAUGAAAGACAAAUAUGGUGGCAAGGUACUGUCUGCCUUUUAUGGUACAGGUCCCAAAGCAUACUGUAUCGAUGCUGUAGAUCAAGUGGCUAAACGAGCUAAAGGUAUAUCUAAGGCGAGUGUGACACAUCAAUUACAUUUGUUACAUUAUAAAGAUAUUGUUGAGGAGAAACGGACAUCUGUGUACUGUACGAUUUAUGUAUUUAAAUCGGAGUCGCACAAUAUAUACACAAAUUAUAUAAGAAAAGUGGCAUUGACCAGUAUGGAUGAUAAACGUUUCUUGAUACCAAACUCAACAAAGACAUUACCUUGGGGUCAUCAAGGUAUGACCUUUCAUAACAUGUCGGACGAAGAGCGGUUGGAACUCUUGCUGCGCUUAAUGAACGAAGCCAGUGAGUUGACUAGUGAUCAGAUGAAAUGA